UUCUGUCAUACACAAGAAGCUAAAUGGUUGAGUUUGAGUACGAAGAGCUUGUCAAGGCAACUGAGAAUUUCUGUGAAUCAAGACUGGUUGGUAGAGGAAGUCAUGGAUCAGUCUACAAGGCCAUUCUCCACCACCACCACAACAACAGCCAAAACGACGUCGUCGUAGCAGUGAAGAGGUCGUCCGGCGGUCUUGAUGACGAGAAGCUCCAUAACGAGAUAGGCAUGUUAUCAUCUCUAUCAUCAACUCAUAUAAUCAAAUUUCUUGGAACAAGUCACAAUCAGAAGCUUCUUCUGGUCACCGAGUUCAUGUCAAACGGUUCUCUACACGACUUGCUUCAUUCGUCGUCAUUUCCACCACCACCGUGGCCUAAACGAGUAGAGAUCGCGCUACAGAUCGCUAAUGCGGUCCGGUUCCUUCACGAAGGAGGUUGUGGCGGAAAGAGUGGUGUGAUUGUUCAUAGAGAUAUCAAGUCCGCUAAUGUGUUGUUUGAUUCAAAUUGGGAUGCUAAGUUGGCCGAUUUUGGACUCGCUGUUGCUGACUCACUGAGUCAGGUAACGAGUCAAGAAGCGAGUCAACAACUACAACCCUUACCUGCAGGGACUAUUGGGUACUUGGAUCCAUGUUACACUACGCCUACAAAAUUAAGCACCAAAAAUGACGUUUUUAGUUUUGGGGUUGUGUUGCUGGAGAUAAUAAGUGGUAAAAAAGUGUUUGAUGUCACAAGAGAGUCAGCCUUGAUGGUUGAUUGGACGGUUCCGUUGAUCGAAAGUGGCCGAUUUAGCGAAGUUUGCGAUGAGAGAAUUGUGUUACCAAUGUUUAUGGAAGGCACGGUAGAGAAGCUUCUUUGUGUGGCUGCACGUUGUGUGUCACAGCAUGAAGAAACUCGGCCGUCAAUAGGUGAAGUUGUCAUGGAAUUAGAGGAGACAACUCGUUUGAUUGAGCGAGUUAGAGCCCCCAAUUGGACGAGUUACUUCUUCCGCAGUAGGAUGAGAAGAAAAUUAAUUAAACAUUCGAAGCAACACUCAAAGUCUGAAGCCCAACAACAAGGUGGGAGGAUGUUAUUAAGAGAGGUUUUGGCACUUAAUUGAUUGAGUCAACUGAGCUAACUCAGUUAAACUCAGUUGAGUCAAGCAACUCGACCGGGUUAGAAAAGUGAAGCUAUGUAUCAUGAGAACAAUUAUUAAAUCAAACAUUCAAACCUGGAAAAGCAUUCACUCCAAACAGAAGAUUCCCAAAAGUUGGUGGUGGGGGAAGUAUUACAAAAAUGCUUGGUUUGAUGCCUUGUCAUUCUUUUUUGGUGAUGUUUACAUUUCUCCUUCUUUAUAUAUUUUAUAUGCUUUUUUAAAUAGGGGAUUUUUUUUUAUUGCC